UCCCAAUUCCUCCUCUCUUCACCUCCUCUCCUUCUUGGCGGUCAAAUCCUCCCUCUGUGUGUUUCUGAGCGGUCGGUCGCUUCUGCACUGAGAGGCUGCUGAAGGACUUUGGGUCGGAGAACAGACAAAAAGAUCGACCUGCGCCUGUCUGCAGCCUCCGCGGAGACACGAACAACUUCUGCAAAUCUGCACCGACACUUGAGCCUGAUGAAGAUGAAACUGGAUGUGCUUCUACCUGUGCUGCUGUGUACCAUCUGUCUCCUCGUCCUGCCGUCGUCCUCUACCCCCCACCACGAGUCAGCUUGCCUCUCCUCAGAUGAUUCCAAGCUUCUCCAGGUGACCAUCCCGUCCACCCCGCCUAUACUUGCUGUCCUGGGCGGCUCUCUCACGUUACCCUGCCUGGUGUCUCUGGCCCACCCGCCGCCGUCUCCCUCCACCAACGGCCGCCACGCCGUGCUGUCCCUCCCGCGGGUCAAAUGGACCGUUCUGACUCACGGCCAAGAGACGGAGAUCCUGGUGGCCCGCGGCGACAGGGUGAGAGUCAGCGAGGCCUACAAAGACAGAGCCUCGCUGCUCAAUUACGCCUACUCCCCCGCCGACCUCACCCUGCGGCUGGAGAGCCUGAGGCAGAACGACACCGGCUUCUACCGCUGCGAGGUGCAGCAGGGCCUGGAGGACGCUGACGAUGUGGCUCAGGUCAAGGUCAAAGGGGUGGUGUUCCAUUAUCGUGAUGCAUCCAGCCGCUACGCCUUUACCUUUGAGCAGGCCAGAGAGGCCUGCGGGGAGAUCGGGGCUGAAAUUGCCACUCCAGAGCAGCUCCUGGCAGCCUACCAGAGUGGAUACGAGCAGUGUGAUGCCGGCUGGCUCUCAGACCACUCAGUGAGAUACCCCAUUCAGAUGCCGAGAGAGGGCUGUUUUGGGGACAUGGAUGGAUUGCCAGGAGUGAGGAACUACGGACUGUUGGAGCCUGAUGAGCUGUAUGACGUCUACUGCUACGUGGAGAAUAUUGAGGGGGAAGUGUUCCAUGGCACCGCCCCCCAGCGUUUCACCUUCUGGGAGGCCAAGGCCUACUGCCUGAGUCAUGGGGCCGAGCUGACCACCACAGCUCAGCUAUACGCAGCCUGGAAUGACGGACUGAACCACUGCAGUCCGGGUUGGCUGGCAGACGGGAGUGUGCGGUAUCCCAUCGUCACCCCCAGAGAACGCUGUGGAGGUGGUGAACCCGGGGUCAGAACUGUCUAUCGCUACAGCAACCAGACGGGCUUCCCAGAGGUUCACACUCGACAUGAUGUCUACUGCUUCAGAAGCGAUAAUGGCCCUUACACAGAAUCCCCUCAGGAUUUUCUUGCCACUGAGCAAGAGGACAUUGGCCAGGACAUUGUUUUCUUAACUAAUCCUGCAGAGGAGGAGUUCAGCCUGAGUGAGGUUACGGCUAAGGGGAGCGAGGAGGUCCAACACGCCCACACGGCCAAUCCUGUAAAGCAGGGCCCCAUGGAGGUUCAGUCCCCGACAUUGGGUUAUGACAAGGAAGCAUUGCUGACCGUAGACCUUCAUCAGUCGGUCACUCCUCCAUCUGAGCAUCAAGAGCACUUGUCCACAGAGGAUAUCUGGGAGGUAAUAAAGAAGGUAAUCUACCUAGAGUCCUAUCAGCCAGCAUCUGAAGAAAACCCAGACACAGAUCAUGAAGAGUCUCACAUACCAACAACUUCUCCAAAGGCUGAUGCCGUAGUAACUGUUGGUGAAGACUCCACUUUACCCACAACUGAUGCGACAACUUCAGAGAAUGGAGAGACCUCAGAGGCUCAUCUUUCUGUGACUGAAAGCCUAGAUAUGCCAGGUCUUAAUGCAACAUCUGGACCUGAUUCAAAUGAGCUCCUCAGCAGCUCUCCAGAGGUUCCUCAGGAAGGUGAUCUUCCUGUUUUACAAGAGGACCACACUCCAGAUGUCCACUUGGAACACGCCUCAGAAACUGAGCUUGUCUACUCGAGCACCUCUUACGAUGUUUCGGGACAGCCGGAAGAGGCCAGCACUGGUACUGUUGAGGAGAUAUCAGCGCUGACUACAUUACCCCACACUGAGGAAGCAGAUGUUCACUCCACAACCCUGUUGCCAUCUUUUGACAGUAGUACGCCUGAGAACCAUCCAACAGGAGAGGAGUCUGGAGAGGGGAGUACAAACCCGGUUUUAGAUCAGGAAACGCAAGACUCUGUGACUCAAAGUUUGGUUGGUAUGGACACCUCUGCCACCUCUGAACUGGUCCCUGCCUCUGAUUCAGGUUACCAUCCUACUCAAGAGCAGCCAGGUGUAACUGUAGAGUCGCCCAUCCCAGACGACCAUCAUGAUGACGAGGAAUCCAAUAGCACUUCAGAGGAGGCAGCACCGGAUGAUUCAACUGACCAGAGUGCACUCAUCCAUCCUGAAGAUAUCCCAACAGCAGAAGUCAUCAUAGCCACAGAUGACUCAGGGUCCACUGUAGACACUCCUGUCCUAAAUAGCGAUACAGUCACUUUGUUGACGUCCCCUGUAUCUGUAACUCUGUCUCCCCCCUCAGUGGAGGUUGAAGCCAGCUCCCCAGAGAUUAUAACCUUCAUACCUGAAAGCAAUGCUUCAUCUGGGGCCGGAGCUCUGGAGGACAUCCAGGACAAACUUGAGCAGGAGGGAUUAGGAGAAAGCCCAGAAGUAUUCUUCAGCAGAACCCAAAAUACCACAGACAGCGGUCCGGAGGGUAGGGAACAAGAUGCCAGAGAGGGAUCCGGUGAGUCAUCCGGAGAAAACCCAGAGGUGAAACAAGGACUCCUGUUGACAAAUCCAACUCUCUCAUCAGAUCAUACUUCUGGGGGAAAUGAUGGUGAGGCUGGCACUGACACAUCUCCUCCAUCAGAUGUAAAAAUCACACUGAUCCCUCACCUGACCCUCACCCCCGGCUGGGAACCAGAGCCUUCUUCCCCCACACCGCAAGAGUCUCGCUCUGAUCGGGAAUACAGUGUCGAGCCUCCUGUCGCUGAGGUAUCUGAUGAUGUCUCUAAAGAGCAAGAGUUUGUGGCGGAGAUCACCACCAGCAGCAUCAAUGCAGAACAUGGAUCAGAGGGAGGCGAGGGCGAGAUCAGCACAGAUGAGCCUUCAGUUAAAAUAUGCACAUGGCGUCCAGAUGAAGAGGAAACCAACAGUCCAACACUCAGUGCUGACAGCAGCGAUAUGACUGUCACUGCUCCCACCGUGUUCCCGGAGUAUAUUCCAAAAGGCGGCAAGGAGCAGACGGCGAUGGCUGCCUCUCUGCCUGCUGCCAAAGUCUCUGCUGCAAGACAAGGAGGCCUUUCAGCUGCAGACUCCUGCCUGGAGAACCCCUGUUUGAAUGGAGGCACUUGUAUCGAUGGUGAAUCAACAAGGUGCCUUUGCUUGCCCGGUUAUGGAGGAGUGUUGUGCCAGACAGAUCUGGAGGCGUGUGAACCCGGCUGGGAGAAGUUCCAGGGAUUUUGCUAUCGUCACUUUACCAAGAGGCAGAGCUGGGAGGUGGCUGAGCAGCACUGUCGCAUGUGUGGUGGACAUCUCAUUUCUGUCAUGACCCCCGAAGAGCAGGACUACAUCAAUGACAAAUACAGAGAAUAUCAGUGGAUCGGAUUAAAUGACAGAACCAUUGAGGGCGACUUCCGCUGGUCCGACGGGAACCCUCUGCUCUACGAGAACUGGUACAAAGGCCAGCCCGACAGCUACUUCCUCUCUGGUGAGGACUGUGCGGUGAUGGUGUGGCACGAUGGCGGCUGCUGGAGCGACGUGCCGUGCAACUACCACCUGUCCUACACCUGCAAGAAGGGCAUCUCAUCCUGUGGCGAGCCCCCAAAGGUUCCCAAUGCUAAGGUGUUUGGGAAGAAGCAUUUGCGUUAUGAGACCAACACCAAGGUGCGGUACUACUGUGAGGAGGGUUUUGUGCAGAAACUGAAUCCUGUGAUCAAGUGCCUGCCUGGCGGCCAAUGGGAGGAGCCUCUGAUUACCUGCAUGCCAACCCAUUCGAUGGAAGAAGACUCAGAUACCUCACAUCCUUACCAGUACGAGGCGGUCGUGGAGGCCAUGGAGGUCAUGAGCACAACCACAGAGACAACAGCUCCUCUGUUCUGGGACAUUAAGUGGCAUGUCUAAAGCCAUCCUGCCUUUUUUGUAAAACAAGAUUCCACCUCCUCUUUUCCCCCUUUUCUUGUGUCUCAAAAGACUUUUCCGGUCCCGUUUCUGCAUUAAGUUAAACUGUAUAAAACUAAUCUUUCAUAUUAAAGUCAUCUCGAGGCCACAGUUGUUACAGUCAUGUAAUCCAAAUGGUUUUUCAUUACAGGAGAAAGUUGUCUAAAAAGUUAUGGAAGGUUAAGGUGAAUUUGGUCAUUGGGCCUGUUGAAGCGAAAACACUCUUGAUCUAGACAUCUCUGAAACAAUGACUCUCAAAAUAAUUCUUCUGAAACUUGAGGAUCCUCCACACUGUUGAUUUGACAUCCAUCUUCCUUUUUGGAUCGAAAGGCUUUCUGUUUGUUCAUAAAACAUUUUUGUUUUUAACUACGUACAGUUUUAAGAUCUUCUCUUAUCUUUUGACUUCCACACAGAAGGACAACUUCUAUGAGAAUAUAAAAGACCUAGAAUCUAAUUAACGAAAUGUAUACGAGCCCUAAGUUCUUAAUAUUUCUGAGACAAUUCUGAUCAUGCUUAAAAUACAAGUUAAUCAUGUAAAUGUAUGUUUUAUCAGUCUGUAUUACCCUGAAUAAACUAAAUUAAAUAUAGGCUAUAUUAUGUGAAUCAAGUACCAAGUAGGUGAUAGGAAAGAUUAUGUCCCAAGCAGCAUAUGGGGGUUUAAGGGAUUCAGAAGUAUUUAAAACAAAUAUAAUUAUGUCCUUUACAGCAUACUUACUUUACUUACUUACACAGUGGUGAUCUGUGAUGUGCUUUACUUUCAUAAUCAGCAACCAUUUUGUAUGUAAACAUUACUGUUCUUUAAGAAAAGAUCAUUGAAUGACAACGUUGAAUUCAUGAAUUUGACUGCAGGAGCCGCACACGCCGUAGUUUAACGUAUAUGAAACGGAUUAAUGUUCAUUAAAGUUUGCAGUUUAGCCUGUUGUACUUUCUGUUGAAAUUUCCCACAGACUGCACUCUUGAAAAAGAUGUGCAUUUAAUGUAAAAGCACUGCUGUACUGUAAUAUAGUGCAACACUAUCACAGCUACACAGGAUGUGGAAAGAGACUCCCCGAGUGCAGUUAAUCUUUACAACUGCACUUGGAAACAUUGCAUAUUGACCCUUACAAAUGGCAGUGAAACAUGGAAGUUUAGAUUUUUCUUUAGAUUCAAGUAAACGACAUUUGACAUAAAUGUCUAUAAUCCUGUUUCCACUUGGUAUUAACAUAUAACCCUAGAUUUCCAAUACGCUCACAUAUGCCGACUAUAAAUAUACAGAUCAUAUUUUAAUACCAGGUGGAAAUUGGGUACAUAUGCAGUAAUUGUUGGUACUGAAGGCGUCAAGCUCACUCAUUUUAAAAGGCCCGAUUAGUCACGUGUGGAUCACACCUGAAGUUAAUUCGGGCAACUAGACUGAACCUGGCCUGUCCCAAUGAAUGUGAAUGGCAUGCUUUUCUCUUUGCUUGCUCACUGUGUUUUAUUUUGAUAAAAGAAUAUUCUCAAAUACACCUUUAUAUUUUGGAAGUGCAGCUUUAAUGUGAGCAGAUGUUGUGAUAAAAACACGGAUGUGCUGAAAAUUCAACCGCUGUUUUAAGAGACUGCAUCCUCAUCUUCAAUUCUUUUAUUAUUAUUUUUAUUUUUUUGGAUGGAGAGAAAUUACCAACAGGGAAUAAACCUGAUCCCACCCACACUAAGCUGAACCACCUGACUCUCUCUGUGCACACAUGGCAUCUUUUUUAAGAGUGCAGAUCACUGACUGCUCGUUCUCUGGUGCUUUUUAUUCAGGUGUCUCUAACAGUUUGUUGUAUGGUGUGCUAUUAUGAACUGUAUAUCUGUAUUUGGCCAGAUGUGUAUUAGCAUACAGUAUCCUAAUCAGAGAGUUUAAUUUUGUAAUAGACAAUGUGACUGUAAGUAACACUGCAGGUGACAUUAAUUGUUGAUCUAAUGAACGCUAACAAAUUAUAUAAUAAAAAUGGAUCCAAUGAAGAAGGAGAAAUAAAAUGUAAUUUUUUUAUUGUA